GGCGGUGACGCGCGGCCAUCACGUGACCAGAGCCUGUGUCUGCCCAAGUCCCUCUCGUCCUGGUCCUUUUUCCCUGUCCAGACACCAUCUUCCUAUUGCCCUUUGGUCGAGGGGAAAAACAGAAGGAAGUAAGUCCCCUCCGCCCUCUUAAAUCGGUCUCCGCAGGUCACAGCGGGGCACCUGGAGGAGAGGAUGCCUAGGAGCCAGCCGCCGGGAGAGGUCCAGGUCGGGACCAUCCUGAACAUGGAAAAAGCCUGCCAAGAGCCCGAGGAGCAGCCACAGAGCCCGCCCAAGGCGGAGGAGGAGCGGCCUCCUGUGGAACACUCUCCCGAAAAGUCGUCUCCGGAGGAGCCGUCUUCAGAGGAGCAAUCCUCGGAGGAGGACUUCUUUCCUGAGGAACUGCUUCCUGAGCUCCUUCCUGAGAUGCUCGUGUCCGAGGAGCGCCCUCCUCAGGAACGCCUGUCUAGGAAGGACCUUUUUGAGGAGCGCCCUCCCAUGGAGCAGCCUCCUUGCGGAGUGGGCAAACAUAAGCUAGAAGAGGGAAGCUUUAAAGAAAGGCUGGCUCGCUCCCGCCCGCAAUUUAGAGGGGACAUACACGGCAGAAAUUUAAGCAAUGAGGAGAUGAUAAAGGUAGCAGAGGAGAUGGAAGAGAUGAAGCGAGUACGAAACAAAUUGAUGAUCAUGCAUUGGAAGGCAAGGCGGAACCGUCCUUAUCCUAUUUAAUGUGUUCGGCCUUUAAUUCUGUUUUGCCUGGUAUGAGUAUUAUCACCUGACCUUUGUUUGCUUUUUCUCAUGUACCUUACCCCGUCUUCCUAAUCUUAACUUUGCGUGGCUUUAUUUGAGGUGUUUUGCCUGUAACUGGCAUAAAAUUGCCCCCCAUCUGCAAGUCCCCCUCUUUCAAUUAUGUCUUCUCCAUUUGCAUGGAAAGAUGUAUAUUAUAUAUUGUGAAGUGAAAAAAGCAAUUUUCAAAAAGUAUAUGUAGUAUCCCCUUUUUGUAAAAAAUGUAUAUUUAUAUAUUAAUAUGCAAAGAAAAAACUGAAAGUAUAUACUUCAAAGGCUUAACAGUGGUUAUCUGUGGUAAGAUAACAGGUGAUUUGUUUUUCAUUUUUGCUGCAUCUGAAUUUCUCAUUUUUUCAAGAUGAACACAUUUUACAUGUGUUGCAAAAAAAACCCCAAUAUAAUAGAAAAAUUGUAAAGCAAUUUAAAAAUAAUGUCAAUCAGCUUAUAAAGAUCAUGUGGCACUUAAUAAAUACUUGACAGAACUUAAA